CAAAGGCAGGAGGCCAGUGGGCUGGGCGAGCUGCUGUGAAGGGCGACGGCGGUUUAUUGUUGCAACCACAAGGCAGCUCCCUGCAGCGGCCCUCUUGUGCAAAAAGGGAAAAGCAGCGCGGCGGGGCGGAAACGAGGACGACCCAGGAGCGGCUGUAAACAGCCAGGCCCCAUUUAAAGCCGAGGCGCGGCCGCCCCGGCCCGUCACGUGACGCGGUUCCUGGAAAGUUCCUGGAAAGCGGCCUCUGCCUUCCUCCCAGGCGAGCGAAGGAGGCGCCUUCCCCGCCCCCGCCAUUGAUAGUGGGCCGCGCGCCAGGAGCCUCCCGCCCGUUGGGUCGCCCGUCUGAGGCCGACAAGCAGCAGCUGCGGGGCUUCUUCUUGCACGCAGCCUCCGGGGCUGAGCCAAGCCCCGAGGCGGCGCUGCGUGUCUCCCACUCCCCGCGCCUGCUGGUCGGCGGUCCCCUCCUCAAGCCAGCCGGUGUUUGCUCGCUCGGCGCCACCGCGUCACAGGAGCCGUCCCUGCCCUCGCUAGUCCCCGAGUAGCCAACCUGCGCUCGCCUUCCCUUCCACUGCCAGAGCGGAGCGCGAGCCGGGCGCCCUUUGCCUGCUGCUGGGUCACAAAGCCUCCCCUUGGCAGGCUGGCCGGCCGAGCGCCUUCCCCGCCCGGGGCAGCCCUGCCAAGCGAGCACCACGCAGAGGCCACCAGCACCAAGCCCCGCAGCCAGCCCUCAGGGGAGGGGAAGGUGGCGGCCGCGGCCGGGAUCCCGAUGGGCUGGGACGGCGGCCAGGGCCUGUGCUGAGGCCUCUGCCCACCCAUGACCCUGCGCUCGGCCGGAUCCUCCGAGGGCGCCGAGCGGACUGGCGGGGCGGCGGCGGCGGAGCCCGCCGAGCCGGAUCGUCUGUGUUCUGCCAUGCGGGAGCUGAGGCGCUCAGGAUGGUACUGGGGUAACAUGAAUGUUGCAGAAGCCAAAGAGAGAUUACAAGAUACUUCUGAAGGGACUUUCUUGGUCAGAGACAGCUCGCACUCGGAGUAUCUGCUUACUAUUUCAGUAAAAACAUCAGCGGGACCUACAAAUCUACGCAUAGAAUUUCAAGAUGGGAAAUUCCGACUGGAUUCUAUUAUCUGUGUUCGAUCCAGGCUCCGGCAGUUUAAUAGUGUGGUCCACCUGAUUGAAUACUAUGUUCUGAUGUGCCAGGACAGAAGUACUGCCACUGAGAUGCCUUGUAAUGGAACAGUUCAUCUUUAUUUGAAUAAACCCCUCUAUCAUUCAGUUCCCUCUCUGCAGCACUGCUGUAGAAUAGUUAUUAACAAGUACACAAAAGAAAUCCAGGAACUUCCUUUACCAACAAGACUAAAGGAAUACUUGAAAGAUUAUCAAUAUCAGGUAUAAGUAUAUCAUCUACUCUGCCACAAGAAUCCUAUUUUAUGAAUUGGGUCAAAGACCUGAGCAUUCAGCUGCACAAAUGUGUCAUGUAAGUUGCUGUCAAAAUGAUAACUGUGAUAGUCUGUGGAAGGGGGGGGGGGGGCAGCAUGUAAUGUUCCACAGUCAGACAUAAUUUCACAGUCAUGUUGAUGCUUCUUCAGAGUGAUUGGUCUCUGAGAGAAUGGAGAAAGUGUCUGGGAAGACAUACUACAGGAAAGUAAGCUGCAACUGAGGGGGAUGUUUAUCAUCUCUUUUGCUCUUAAAAUAGGCCCUCCUGUCCUCCACUCCGCACAACAUGUGCUUCAGUCAACUCUGCCAGUCAUAUUUAGUUGGGACUUGACAACCCAAAACAGUUUUUACGUUCUCAGCACCAGUAGAUCUUUGUUAUUGUCAGUAAUGUCUUAAGCAUUUUUUACACAUAUCCAUGAGACUUGUUACAAAAGCAACCACUAGUGUAGCAGGGGCAGAAUGCCUGUUUUUCCAGCAACUAGAAAAUGUGUUUUGUUUGAGCACUGGGGAAGUACAAUAUCAGUGCAACAGAAAAGCUAAGGUGAGAGCAGUUUGGAUCUUAUGCAGGAAAUGAGUAGCAGCUGUGUAUUGUGGAACUAUGGUUCCACAAUAGACCACAGAUCUUGGGACAUGACCCUUCAGGUAGUACAGAUAGUGGCAUAGGAAUUUUGUUGGUUUAUAGGGAAUGGGUUGAUUGCUGGAUUGCAAGUCAAUGUAGUAUUCUUUAUAAUAUGUUCCUCAAUUUUUAUUUUUAUUUGUUCACCCAACUGGUACCGUGCUCAUUUUUCUUUACGUCAAAACAUCAUACCACCUUAGAGGUUGUGCUUUAUUUCACAAUAUUAUUGCGCCAGAGUGCCCUUUCCUUUUUUGAAAAUUUCAUUGAGCAACCCUGUCUGCAUGUCCAUGUCUUAUGAAACAUAUGGUCCUUACUAUCCAUAUUUACUCAGAAGUAAGUGUGUUUAAGGUUGCUGUCUCAUUGGACAAUCACAUGUGGCUGACUUCUAAGUCGAUACAUUUAGGAUUAGACUGUGAGGUGUCUAAUUACAUUGAAUUGGAGAAUUAACAAGCUCUGCUCUGUUUGCAUUGAGCCAUGAUCAUCUCCUUUCUAUGCAUAGUACUGUACUACAUGUAGUAAUCUGGUAAAAAGAGUUCUGUUCCAAAAGAAUUUCAGGCCUGGAUAAAGAAGCACUUCAGUAUCUUUUAUGAAGGCCUAGUGGGUCCCUUGUACAAUAGGAUGAUAUAUCAAUUUUUUUAGGCUAUGUACCAAAAGCCUCCUUUUUGUUAUAGGUCCAAUUAUUGCCUAUAAUAUGCCUCCCUUAAAUGAGGCUUUAUAAAUUCCUAGACUGCAGUCUUGCAGUUGCUGUUUCCAUUCCAUGCCUGAACAUGGAUAGGGGCAAUUAUGACUAGUUUCUACAGUGUAGAAUUUUUUUUCUAUUUCCUUGAAAUGGAAUUGAGUUUGCCUGUUUUAAAGAUUGUGUGUUCAUGAUUGUAGCUGUCUGAUUUCAGACUGUAUUCAAUAAAGUGAUGUAACUGCAGAAGCUGUAGUUCUUUGAUGGUA